AUGAGUUCGCCAACGAUCGCGCUCAACAAUGGCAAGAAGAUGCCUCUUGUGGGCUUCGGUCUCUGGAAGGUGAACAACGACACCUGUGCCGACCAAGUGUACAACGCCAUCAAGACUGGAUACCGCCUGUUCGACGGUGCCUGCGACUACGGCAACGAGCAGGAGGCUGGCGAAGGUGUAGCACGUGCCAUCAAGGAUGGUCUCGUCAAGCGCGAGGACCUCUUCAUCGUCUCGAAGCUCUGGAACUCUUUCCACGACAAGGAGCGCGUCAAGCCCAUCGCCAAGAAGCAACUUGCGGACUGGGGUGUUGACUACUUCGACCUCUUCAUCAUCCACUUCCCAAUCGCUCUGAAGUAUGUCGACCCAUCGGUCCGCUAUCCACCAGGCUUCAAGGAUGAGAACAACAAGCUCUCCCUCAGCAAGGCACCAUUGGAGGAGACCUACCACGCCAUGGAGGAGCUGUACGAGGAGGGCCUGAUCAAGUCGAUUGGUAUCUCGAACUACAACGGCGCUCUGGUGCUCGACGUGGAGCGCUAUGCCAAGAUCCUGCCACAGACCCUCCAGAUCGAGCACCACCCAUAUCUCGUGCAGAACGAUCUCCUCGAACUGUGCAAGAGCCGCAAUAUUGUCGUCACCGCAUACUCGUCUUUUGGCCCACAGUCCUUCCUCGAGCUGAACAUGCAAAAGGCGCAAGAUACCCCACUUCUCUUCGACCACAGCACCGUCAAGACCAUCGCCGACAAGCACAGCAAGACCCCGGCUCAGGUUCUCCUUCGGUGGGCGACUCAGCGUGGUAUUGCGGUCAUCCCCAAGAGCAACAACCAGGGACGUCUCGCGCAGAAUCUGGACGUGUGCAGCUUCGACUUGGCCGAUUCGGAGAUCAAGCAGAUCAGUGAUCUAGAUCAGAACCUGCGGUUCAAUAACCCACUGAAUUAUGGCGUCGACGUGCCAAUCUUCGCAUAG